UCAAUUUAAUUUUGAGUUUGCUUUUGUUUGUGGGUGAGAUUAGUCGUGAAAUUACUGUCUUGCUUUAUUUUUAAUCAUAUUAAUUGUUUGUAAUAAAAGACAUAAAAAUGACCGACUUGAAAUCUGAAAUAGGGGAUAGUGAUUUAGAACAAAAUUAUUCAUUAACAAGUAAUAACCCAGAUCCCAAAAAUAUGCAGGAAUUGACUAUAUAUUCAAAUAAUAAUUUGCAGGUGCAAAAUCUACUACAAAAUGUGCAAGAUAAAUUUCAAUCGAUGUCAGAUCAAAUUAUUUCAAGAAUAGAUGAUAUGGGCACACGGAUAGAUGAUUUGGAAAAAAGUAUCGCAGAUCUAAUGAAUCAGGCUGGUGUAGAGGGGCCAGAAAAAUAAAAUUUAAAUUGAACAAGUUUUUGUUGUUUUUCUAAAUUAUCACUUGCACAGAAAAUCUCAACAUACCAUAACUGAAUUUUUUGUUUUAAAUAGUAAGUAGAAAACGGCAAAAGAAAAAAUGUUAAAUAAUAGUUUUACACUUUAUUUCACACAUAAAAGCAUAAAUAAGAAUAUUAAUCAGAAUAUUAAUUUUAUUUUAUAGAAAAAACACAAAAAAAUCAUACCUUACUAAUUAUUGUAAUGAAAA